UACUUUACAGUCGGUGCGUUCAAGUGAAGGAGGUGAUGCAGAAGGAGGGACUACGGGCGGUAGAAGUUGGUCUGGGCUUCAACAGUUGGUCCUAUUUUCUCUUCACGGCAUUGUUUUCAAGACCUUUCUCCACGAAGGAAACUGAUCCAAACUAGCCAUGGCUGUAGAGGGGGGGAUGAAAUGUGUCAAGUUCCUGAUCUUCUUUUUCAACUUCAUUUUCUGGUUAUGCGGCCUGGCAUUGAUUGUCGUGGGAAUUCUGGUUCAGAUAGCCUUGCACAAAUCCUUUACGAUCCGUGACCCAUCAGCCUCUGGAGCUCCCAUUGUCAUCAUUGUAGUCGGUGUGGUGAUUUUCUUCAUCACCUUCUUUGGCUGCUGUGGCGCCUGGAAAGAGAACUACUGCAUGGUCACCACGUUUGCCAUCCUUCUGUCACUGAUCAUCCUUGUUGAGAUCGCAGCAGCAAUUGCUGGAUACAUCUACAGAGGCAAACUCAACAAUGUUGUCCAGGAUAGUCUCGCUGACAUGAUUACCAAUUACAACACGAGCUCAGCUGAAUUCAGAGAGACUGUGGACAAACUGCAGGAGGAUCUGCACUGCUGUGGCAUCAACAGUUCUUUGGACUGGAGACACUUCAAUCCUGAUGGAAAAUCUGUGCCUGAUUCUUGCUGUAAGAAUGUAACUGAAGGCUGUGGUAUGGGAGCCAUGACAGAUGCUGAUAAAGUGUACCAGAAGGGUUGUCAUGAUGUUCUGGUAGAGCAACUGAAGAAGAACCUCCUGUGGGUGAUUGUUGCAGCUGUCGUAAUUGCCUUCCUGCAGAUUAUGGGCAUUGUGUUUGCCUGUCUGCUGAUGAGAGGCAUUCGCAGUGGCUAUGAAGUCAUGUGAUCCAGUUUCAUACCUGAGGAUUUGCCAGUUCCAGUCACUCUUACUAGAACCUUUGUUUGGAUUUACUUGUUCGUCUGGAGGCUUUGUGCUCCCUUGGUUAAACAAAAUUUAAUGGGUCAACAGUACUUCCCAUCUUAGAAAUGUUAAUGACUCAUUUUUAGGAUUAUUGUUCAUUAUAAUGCCAGUCAUAUAGUUUCUUGUUGGUUGAGAGGAUCUUAUUCCCUGUAUGUUAGAGACUUUGGAUUCCUAUGGUAAGUUUUUAUGUUGUGGUGGUUUCCCAUUUUCUGUUUAUAAGAAGAAACUCUUUAGAAAUAAUUAGAAUGUGUUUAAAUACAAACUGGUCAAACAAAAUGCAUCAUAAGGAUAUUUAUUUCAGAAACAGAUCCAUUUGUAAUGUAUAUAAUAUUGGCACAACAACACAACACUCAAAUCUUGUUCUGCAAACAUCAGAUGUAAU